UAUUGGAGGUGACGUGAACGUGAGACUUGCAACAACAACACCCUGGUUUUAUCUCAAGCCAACUUUAGAUUGAAUCCUCAUGAAAAACCUCCGCUGUGAUAAGUCCAUUUAACUGGGGUCUUAGCACCAUUUAAACCAAUUGUAAACUGUCUUAAUUCCACCUAAAAGAUUGAAAAACACUUGCUUCAGCAGACCCCACUGAUCGGCCCAAUUGAGGCUAUUACCAGUCACCCACUUAAGAUGGCAGACUCUCUUGCGGCAGAAGGUAAAUGUAAGCCCUUGCUCAGGCCAAAGCAUCCUUUAGUGCUCCUGGAGCUAGAGCCUGGGAGAUUAUCAUGUCAGGAGUAAUCCGACUCGGCCCACAAGCACAACUAUGGAGGAGGAGGAGCAACAGUUGAGGGGGGAGGCAGGCAGAGGCAUCAGAUGGGCUCUUUGCUCCGCUUACGGUAACUACACUCUCCCUCCUCUCACCCUAACCCAUCUUCUCAACCCACAGAGUUUCCCUCCUUGGAGCUGAAGAGAAGACCUGCUGCUGGAAAAGGGGGUAAGGAGAUGAGCGUUAUCUUUCCAAACCGUGCUGAAGUGCAGAGAUAAAAUGAUCAGAAGUGGAAGGAGUUGCACAACAGAUGGAAUAAAAGUUAAGACAUCUGUAUGAACUGUUUAUUGCAUGGCUCAACUCCUAUGUUUUGCUCUGUUUCAGGUUCAGGAUCGUGCAAAAGGGAGAUCAGGAGUUUCGUAUGGAGAAGCAUGAUGACAGAAGUUUUCUAAAGUGAACCAGAUGCCAAAGUCAGAGGCUUUGAUAAACACAUAAGUCUCCUUUUGUUGAAUGGAUCAAUCUGGGUGCCAUGAAGCACACUGUAACAUUCAGAGGAAUGCUGAUUCUGAUCUUUGCAACCUAAAAGAGCUCUAUGGAAGUGCAAAUAUGAUAAAAGAAUAAUACAGCCUGGACCUGAAUCAAGUCAGGACACCUCCCCAACUUGCAGGCACAGGGAGUUGUGAUGGUUUUCAGGGGAACAAGCAGGAGUCCUGCCCUCACUCCUCUCCUGUGAUGAUGAUGGACUUACCCAGCCAGCACUUUGCCUGUGGAGGUCAGCUGAAGACGACGCCACGCAGCUAAGUCUGGAUUAGCCGGCCGAACGGUAAGGACACCACAUCUUCUUUUGUUAGUUUAAGCCGGCAGCUUAUGGGGAAGGCGUUAGGUGCCGCUGACAGGGAUGCUUCACCAAGUGCUUGAGUGGCAGAAAACACACGUUGGAUUAGCUGUAUCAACAAGCGGCCUUUGCUGGAACCACAUGUCAAUAGUGCAGCGCGGCCUGUCACGAAAUGUUUGUAGAGUGGUUAGAUUACAUGGAGCAUGUAACAAUGUUGGAAAAGCAUCAAGAAAUAAAAUUCUUUGGUUUUCUUGGAAGAAUUUGAAGAACCUGUCAUCAUGUAGACCAGUUUGUUUAGCCAGAGGAGAAUAUUUCUUUUCCUGUCACUUACCCAACAUCAUGGUUGGCCACAUUAUCAUGGGUAACUGCUCUCCAAUAUCCAAUGGCUGUUCCUCACCCAAAGGUUCAAGCAAUACUUGGAAAUCAUAUUACUAUUUCAUAGAAUGAUUAUUACUCUGUGCAGUGUUUGGAGGUUGACAUUUUCUGCAGAGAUAAGCCUUAAAUUGCUGAAAUUAUUAAAGGCUCAAGAAGAAAAAAGUUUAAAUUGUCCUUCAAAUAUUUGAAGGAGGUGCUCCGAGAGAGGCAAUCUUAAUGGUUCUGACUAUGGGCGUACUAAAGUGAUGAUCCCUGCCCUUUAAGCCCAUAUCAUAUGUGGAGAUUAUACAGUAUCUAGCAGAGCCCCCAGAGGCUGGAUAGAGGUUAAGCCUAAAGUCAAUUGAGCCGUCCAACUUUCAUAACCUGCAAAAGCCAGUCCGAAGUGGAGGAAACUGAAGUGGAAGCUGAAGUGAUGUACCACUCCUCCUCAUCUCCUCUGUGUUUUCUGUACUAUUCCUGCUGAAAUAUACUUUGUGCAGGAAAAUGAUUAACAUGCUAGUCUUUCAAAGAGAGCAUGAGCUUAUAAAGAUGUAAAAUGUCAUCAUAUUUGAGAUGUUUGUACUUGCUUGUGCUUGCUCGCGUGGGUCAUAUUUAGAAGUGGUAUUCAGCGUGUGCCAGAUGGCCGUCAUCCUUUUGUAGCAGCAACAUCAACAUGUUUAACAUCGGUUUAGAGACACUGCGGUUGUGUAAAAAGAGGAUCUGGCAUGGACAGAUUAGCAGUCAGAAGCCAGAAUAGAAGCUCAGAGAGUCUUCUUUAGAAAGUAGCUGAGACAACAUCAAUCUUAGUCCCAGUUCACUCAAAAAUGACGAAGCAAGGUGAUGACUGCCUGGAAAAGACUCAUGCAGCCUCUUUGUGUGUGUCAGAGAAAUGCAUGUCAGAACUACACCUUGACUCAACUCUUCCCUGAAUAGAAAAGGCCAGAUAAAUUGGGACAGGGGUCAAAUGCGCAUCUAUAUGUGUAUCCGCACCUCAGAUCUCAUUAACGCCUCCGUAACAGCAACAGGUUGGAGUUGGGACAUGUCAUGCGGGGCUGUUGGGUCACUGGAUUAAUCCGGAUCAAUCCGCCGGAUGUGAUAGUAAGGGCUCCCAAAAUAAAACAGAAUCUUUACAAGCACUCACCUACAUCCAGGAGAUUAAACGGAUGCAGGCUUAGUUAGUAUUUAUAGGAUGCCAGUUAAAAUUAACACGAUCUUUCUGGCGCUCACUUUCAUGCUUUUCCCUUUUUUCCCACACAAUAAUGAACUACAGCUUUCUCGCUAACAAGGAGCGGGCUUGUUUUAAUUAUGCGACAAAAUUACAGCGCAGUCUAACCUAAGCCUUUUUCAGUUGCAUUAGAACCAAGGCUGGAUUUAGAAGAGCCAAUCCUGGCUCAGAACAUCCACUUUAUUUCGCAGCCCUCUCGCCCACCCUGGUGUGGAAACAACUGAUAUGACUAAUUGUGCAGGUCCGUUUUUGUCUGUUGAGCAGAUGGAAACCUUCACAAAGUUGCAGUAGAACAAGCAGGGGAAGUGCUGGCUGGAGUUCUCUCAGUGGGCCCUGCAUGCAUGCUGGCCUAACCCCUGAGUUAGAGGUGUCUGAUGGAUUAACACAUACGCACACACACACAUGCAGCAGGGCUCGAGCUUCACCACCAACUCUACAGCCAGGUGUUAACCCACGUGACUACAGAUAAAGCCGGCAGGCAUUAGUGCUAAUCCCGCCCUGAUCUUUGGAAUAUGUCCCUAUUACGUCCCGAGCACUCUCUAGCUGUCCCCAGGCCUCCUGAUGCUCACUUAAGAGGGAAAAGACAAGACAGGGCCUCUCUGGGACUCCCUAAAGCAGGUUGUUUCCCUGCAACAACACAGUAGGUGCCUUUCCCACUGUUUGUUAUGCUCCUCUGCUGUCUGUGCAGGGCAGGUAUUUAUGGGGUGUGUUCAGAGUAGUGCAGAGACAGACGAUCACAUGGGUGGAGCUGAGCCGAAAGGCACAGCAUGGUAAUAAUGUUCUGUAGGUAAGGGCCUCAGGUUGUGCACUGGCAAAUAAACAAUGGUUCCCGUGGACAGUACUAGAAAUCAAGAAGCAGCAGCGUUAUGUAAACUGGAUUAUUUAGUGCCAUGUGAUGGUGCUGUUGGGAGUGUGUGUACGCCCUGGAAGUGAAGUGGGUGUCUGGACAACAAUGGAAGGUUAGACUUUGUCUCGAUUUCUACACAAGCAUGUGUCAUAUGAUUUGAGGGAAAGUGAAACCACACAAGUGUUGCAAGUGUGUGUGUUUAUGGUAUGUGUGAGUCACAGUGAAAAAGCGAUUGAGACAGAACAGGCUGUAUUUAGCGAAUGUAUAGAAAAAAGGUCCAAGUGAGACAUUAAAGUUGGUAUCCGCUUUUUUCCAGCACAGAGGAUUCAUUCAUUCUCUUCUGUGAUCUUCUUUUGCUGUAAUCUUGUCACAGUGGUAAAGAUCCAAGCGAUCUGACAAGAAGGCACCCCCUGUCUGAUGACCUCAUUCAAAAGUAUUAACCACAGACGCCCCUUACCCCCCAAUUUGACAGAUCUCUACUUCAUCUUCUAUAGGCUGUGGCAUUCUUUGGAUUGUCUCCCUCUGGCAUGGGAGGGAGAGGAGGACACGAGUGCCAUGCUGCUGUAAUUACAUUACCAACAGCUUAGCAGCGCCUUUGCCACUGACCCAAUUAUUUCUUGAAAACAUCCAUUUUAUUGUGGCGCUUCGAAUAAUGCAAUCUUUGAGUGACAACGAGAGCUUGGAUGACUGUACACUGGACUCGAGUGCAUGAUGCACGCAUCAGAAUAUACAUAAUAGCUCAGGAAUGGCUCUGACAGACUGGGGGAUUCAUUCUUGGCAGAGCAGCACACUUUCAUGGAUUGCCUCAAACAGGUUAAAGAUCCUCUGAGACUAUUUUUACGCUGCUGGUAGCUCUUCAGGUGGCAUUUGACUUACAGUAAAACAUCAGGUGCAUAAUCCCAUUAAUACUUUAAAUUAACUUUCAGAACUUUCGUGCUGUGAUGUGGGAUUAUUUCAUGGUGUGAACAGAUUUUCUGCAUUUGUUUUGGGACACACAUUUUUGACUAGCCCUUAUCUCCAUACACAGGAGCAUGCAUGGGCACAUCAUCAGGGUUGGUCUGUGAGGGCCAGAUAUGCUGGGCCUGUCUUUGCGGCUCAUCUGCACUUUUAUGUCUCAGUUUAAGAAUGGCUUUUCCUUCUGCUCGGGAGAGUCCUCUGGGAUUCCUCUAUAUCCUCCGUUGCUUGUUGCUCUCUUCUAUUUGCUGGAAAACAGCAGCAUUUGUCCUGUCAGAGAAGAGGUAUACUCAGUCAUGGGUUUCCGUUGCUCACCUAAGAAAACAAUGGCGCCCCUUCCUCUAUCAGUAUCUGUGUAUUUACGUACAAGACAGCAGGGGCCAGAGGUAGGUAUUAAAUAUCUGCGUAGAUUAGUCAUCCAUGACCAUCUGAACAAGCUGCAAAAUGCACCUUGGCACUUUUAUUGGCGCCAAUCGGCUGCAGAUGGGACUAAUGUGUUUCUAAGUGGGGCAAUUAUGACAAUCAAAGUGUCUUCGGGGACAUGAGAUCAGCAUUUGACGACCAGGCUUUGUCCAGCAUCAGCGACCGAGACAUCCGAGAACUCGUCUUUCUUACGAGCUAAUUGUUUUAUCAAGAUGGGCCACAGAUCUAACAAGCCACAGGCACUGAUGUAUCACAGCCGUGUGAAACAGCCAACUCCAAAACUGAGUAAUUGGACCAAACUGACCUAUUAAUGGCGUAAGAAAACAAUGAUCUCAUCCUUUGCCAUAUAUUUUAACAAGAUGACUUUUCUUAAAAUUGAAAAUCUAUCAUAGCUAGAGUCAGAGCAGGAAGGAAGAUUUCUGGUGUAAGGCAUUGCAGAGACAAAAAGACUCCGCAGAGGCUUGUAUUUACCACAUCUGGGGAGUGGAUAUGACUGAAAAUUAGACACACUGUAUAGGCAGGUAUGAGUAAGAUUGUGACGCCGCUGCAGCUCCAUGUUUGAUUUAUAUAGACUAUGUCAAAUGAGGUUGCUAGCUGAAAUGUUUGACUUUCAAAUGAAUACCAUCCUACCCCUUCAUUGUGCUGAGGCUGGUUACCACGUCAAACUCAUAUGAAAUUAUGAGUCAAGCUUUGACUGAUAGGACUGGUUUUACCUGUUUAUACAGUGUUUAUUCCACUGCAACUUAUGCGUGCAGCAUCUUUGUAUUUUCCCCUUUGCAGCGUCCAGAACUCUGGAGAACUGUCUGAAUUUGCCUAUAGUUCCUCUUCUUUGUUCUUCUCACUGAGCUGAGAAAAAAUUCCACCACAAGGCCAGAAAAUGUUCCAUCUUUUACAACUUUUUCAUAAAAAUCGGUUUAAUGUGAUCUGCAGGAAUAACCCACAGGCUAAGGUGCAAACGUCCAGAAGUGAUCCAUUUCAGAUUUUUGUUUUGAUACCAAACUAGACAAGGAAAUGUGUAUUAUUUGACCCAUUGUAAACACUUCAAGCAGUCAGUAUAUGUACACUACAGUCCAGUCUGGCAAAACAAUUUGUAAGGCUGGUCUGGAUUUGCUGUUAGUCACUGCCAGUUUACCGUUUCCUGCUCUGGGGAAAUGUUCUGCUCACUGGUGACAUGAUAUGAAAAAGACAAAGACGCCAGCUUGUAAACUUCUCAGAUGUCUGUGGCAGGACAAUAAGGAAGCUCAGAAGUAAGGUAUAAUUAUUUAAAAGUGAUUUGUGUGGCUGCUGUGUCGAUAGAAAGGGGGUGGUAGUAUGCGAUCAGGGGAUGUACAAACAUACAUGUACAUACAUAGCAUUGCAAAUAGGUGUGGUUGGGAGAUUCCUACACAAGACAAGGAUUCCCCCCCUUUAAAGGAUAUUUCAAAUACCAUUAGUCCUGCAAAGAAAAACAGAUUUUCUUCAAAAAUGAAAGGGCUAAGUCUGUCCUCUCAUUCCCGUCAGGUAUUUUUAGGAGACACUCACGUUUCUGUAAGGAUCUUAGGGGGCAAGAGAGGUUGCGAAGCUCAUUCAACAUGCCAGCUCAAAUAAGAAAUUGCAGUUAUGCCUUUUCCUCUUCAGGCAAAAGAGAUUGAACACACACCGCAUUCCCAUUUGUCAGCAAGGGAUGUCAAGGCUUCGGAUCACGAACCCACUUAAAAGUGAAAAUGAGCUGACAGCAGAAUCAGAAAAAGUAAACUGACAGUGGAACAAAAGCCCUGAUGAGAGGAGAGAAUUUACAGCGGGGUCAAAGAAAUGUGGCGACGCAGAGAUAACAAUUUUUACAUUGUUCUGUAUAAGUUAUGGAGAAGGUGUUUAACAUGACUGAAGGUGUGACUGUUGAUACAUGUCUGACAUGUGUGCCUCCUUUGCCUUUUUUUUUCCCCGCAGAGUUUCAAUGCUCCUCCACGUUCUAAGAUGAAGUUAUGGAAAGGUGCUACUUUUGCCUUCGUGCUCUGUGGCGCAGCCCUGUCCAUCCUCCUCAUUAGAAACAUGGCCACUGUCGAACACUUCAAACACAGAAGAAGUUCUCCGUAUGCUUCUUCAUCCUCAUCGAGACACUCAUCUACAUCAGAAACAUCCCGGUCCUCAUCAUCUGCAGAAUCGACAGUGGUGACUCGGCAGAUGGGUGGUCUUCAUCGGAGAGCCCGCUCGGCAGACGAGAUGAACUCUCUUCUCUCAGAGUGUAAGAUAAACUGUUAUUGUCUUUCCUUUUUGAGAGUGGUAUUCGAUAAGGUGUCAUGAGAAGGGGGAUUCAGGGGGUCAGACUGAACACUUAGUACCCGACUCUGUUGUUUACAGAGCAGGUUGUGAUGUCUGGCGAUAACCUGCAGUCAAUUAGCACCUCAUUGUUCACUGGCUCGCCACUGAACCAUUUCAACCUUCAAGCCAGGAUGAUAUUCCCACUCUGCUUUGGUUUCCCAUGGCUUUAUUGAAGUGCAUUUGUCAGCUUAAAUGGAUUUAGAGGGAGUUCUAGCACUGUCUGUAAUACUGAUGGUGAAAUGAUUAAUUCGUAGAAACCGGUAUUUUUGUUUGCACACAGUGUUCAUUAUCCUGCCAACAACACCACUCUAAAUCUGAUAACCAUCUAACUUACUGAAGUAUCUGAUUAUCCAGAACUGCACCUGAUUCUGAGGAAUCAGAUAAUCUGCCCUCUAUCUGUACAUUUAUGUUGAUUUAUCUUCUUCCCGCCAGUUUCAAAGAUGUUCCAGAGCUUUACAGAGGGCGAGCUUCAGCAUGUGGUCGGGACCUUGCUCGACAGGAAGAGGAGAAAGAGCCGACGCUUGGGUGACAACCUGGCCCGAAGGACUAAAAGAGCCCGCAGGCCUAAGCCCUGCUCCGUAAGGGAGCUUGAGGUGACUGUGAGCGAACUGGGCCUCGGCUAUGACAGUGACGAAACGGUGUUGUUGCGCUACUGCAGCGGCAAAUGUGUAGCGCACCGGCAAAACUAUGACAUAACCAUGGAGCACAUGACAAAGAUCGGUUUCAGAAGGAAGGGCCGCAAGGACAAGGUGAGCAAUGGACCCUGCUGCCGGCCGAUAGCUUUUGAGAAGGACUUUUCCUUCCUGGACAAUAAGAGCCGCUAUCACACGAUACAGAAUGUGUCAGCAAAGCACUGUGGGUGUGUAUGACCCAAAGAGUUGAACUUACCACUUUGUCUUGCUGCUCCUCUCAGCCUCUGUUGGAACAGACAAACACGGGUAACUGUGGAAUAUAAACUCAUGGAGAAGAGAAAAUGAUGGGAUAAUGAUUGAGGAUGCUCCAUGGUGACCUUUUCGUGACAGGAGGACUUAACUUUUUGGAGUUUGUGGAUACAUAAUGGAGCCGUGUCAAUGGACAGCGAGCGCUGCCUUCGGAGGAUUCCAUCAAAAGAGACAGAAAAAUCACUACUCAUACCAAAAAGUUUUUAUUAUCUUUUCUCACUGUGUAGUAACACUGUAAACUGUGGUGUAACAACAAUGUAGCAACAUUAUUUUUGUGAUAUUUGAGAAGUAGUACUAUGCGCUAGACGAGCAACGAGGGUAUAGAUAAGGUGGCCUAGAUUAUUGCUGUUACUACACAUUAUACUCAUGGAUGUAAACCAGGUUCUAAUUUUGUGGAGUAUAUGAUUAUAAUGGUGACAGUAAUUCAUGUUUCAGGCAGAUAAUAUUUGGUCAAAAUUAAAUUCUAAAGGUAUAUAAAACAAAAUAAAGAUAUAUAAAUGCUUACUUUAAGUUCUGCAUAGGACCGCUUAGACCAUUGACCUGAAAUGAUGUCCAAUUAUUAGCUCUCUCCAGGAAGCAUUUUGACUCAAAGGUCUAUUGAGUUGUUGUUAUCACAGGCCGCAGCUGUGUGCUCUGAUUCCAUGCUUGUACGCAUUAGUGUUACUGACUGCAGUGUUAUUACACAGGUAAAGGAACUCGUGUUAUUGAUAAAGCAUUUGACGAUGAAAGAAAAUUAUUUUCUAUAGAUCCAGGUUUGAUACCCAUCUUUAAUCAUCAUAUUUUGUAUAUCAAUUUUGUGUAGAUGAACAAUGGGGACCUGUUUAAAACACAGUUACAUGUGACUGAAGAGCACAGAAGUUUAUCCCAUAUGUUCUCCAUAGAAUAACUCAUCAUACGCAAAUUGUCCUCUUGAUUAUUUUUUAUACUUUUUUUUUUUCCAAAAAAACCCAGAUCUGCAAUCACCCAUAAUUUUCUGGAAUUAUUUUUCAGGGAAGAAUUGCCAAAACACACUAAGUCAAUUCAAACACCCAUAAUGAAUUCACAAACUGAGACUCAUAAACAUCUUCAGUCUCAUGUUGGAGGUGACACAACCCUCUUUAAUGUCGACUCUGGAUGUAAUUUGUGAGUGUUUACACUCGGGAGGUUUUAGAUAAUCUAAGGCUCCAGUGUGAAGGAGAAUAAUGAUAAAAGUGAAUUGUAGUGGCAUGUUUCUUUCUGUUCAAAGAAAACAAACGAUGAAGUAGAGUCAGGAUGUGGAACUGUGUUUGUGCCCGUACACGAAACCCUGUAACUUGCUAUGAUUCAAUGCCCAAGUACAGCCUUUUAUUGGCCAGUCAAAUGCCUCCUUGUUGAUUUGCCUGGUAGAGUUUUUAGUGAAAAAUAAGCUAUUGGAAUUCAUAAUGAAGCAUCUUUUUCACCUUUGACAAUCUAUUUGGUUUCUGCAACUGUUUGCCUGAAGUACAAUAAAUUAUGUUUUUGUUUUUUUCUUGUUUUCCUGAGGAGGUGCAGUGUGGGGCACUGAUGCGGUGCAUCUUUAUUGUAGUUUAUAUUGUAUUUAUUUGGGAAGUAAAUUAUGGUUUUGCAUAUUUAUUUAGAUUACCACACAGAGACGGGACAG